AUCACACCAGGACUGAGCCCACCAUUAGGGUUUAUCUCUACUCGCGGUGCCCAACAUCACCCUCGCACUCUCACCACCUGUCCACCUCCACGGACGACCCAACUCCGCCGCCGCCACCGCCACCGCCAGACGCGCUGUCUCCGUCGCUCGAUUGCAAGAAUGGCGGUGCCGCUGCUGACUAGGAAGAUCGUGAAGAAGCGGGUCAAGCAGUUCAAGAGGGCGCACAGCGACCGCUACAUCGGGCUCAAGACAAGCUGGAGGAGGCCAAAGGGUAUUGAUUCUCGUGUCAGGAGGAAGUUCAAGGGAUGCACCUUGAUGCCCAAUAUUGGAUAUGGCUCUGACAAGAAGACCAGGCACUACCUGCCCAACAAGUUCAAGAAGUUUGUGGUGCACAAUGUAUCUGAGCUGGAGCUGCUUAUGAUGCACAACAGGACCUACUGUGCUGAAAUCGCUCAUAACGUGUCCACAAAGAAGCGCAAGGAGAUAGUGGAGCGUGCUGCACAACUCGACGUCGUGGUCACCAACAAGCUUGCCAGGCUUCGCAGCCAGGAGGACGAGUGAAAUAUUCCCAACAGUAGUAGUUUUGGAUUGGUUCAUCUGUAGGAGACUUAAGACCCGUGUCAGGAAAUCUGUUCUCCUUUCUGUUUGCCUGAAGGAUUUGGUACUAUUAACCAUAUUGCUAUCGAUAACGACUAUGUUCUCGUGCUAUAAGAACAUCAAUUUUGAAGCAAAAGAAUGUGGAUUGUUCUUGAUUAUCA